UUUAAAUCAUCAAUUUCAUUUUUUCAAAUGAAAGUUUAUAGGUUGCUUGUUGUAAAGAAGACACUAAAUUCAUAUGGUCAUGGUAUAGUUUCCAUCAACGAUAAUCUACUUCCUUUGAUCUAAACUCUCAAAAAUGCUGAUCUAUUUUUUUUUUCAAAACAUGUUGAAUGUAUCUGCAAAGCCAAGUUAAAAAAAAACAUUUUGAGCAUAGCCACAUAGACACUUUACUAAAUAACAAGCACACCAAUAUAUUUCGAAAAGCCGUACUAGUCACAGAAAUAAAAAAAUCUACCUGUAUUAGUUCUUAUUACAUUCUUAAAGUUUUCUAUUCCUUAUUUUCGCCCAUCAGUAGGGGAGACCGGGGUUAGUUGACACAGGGGCAAGUUGAAACAUCCGCUUUCACGCGAAAAUGGUAGAUGGCAGGAGAAUCGAAAAAUAUCGAUUUAGCUCGCCUUGUGACACUCUAUCUUCGAGUGUACCCGUAGAUCAGUCGGCUACCAACUGUACAAGCACACAUUUUAUGUUUUUAAGCUGGUCGAGUAAAUAAAGUGCGACGCAUUUUUUCUUUCAUAACAGUGUAAAAACCUUAAAGAUUAAUAAUAUUUUUGGAUAAAUAGUAAACGAAGGUAUAAAAUGCGAACUUACAAGCGAAAAACUGAAAAGGGGAAGACGCUUGUGGAUGUUUUUGAACAGGCUGCCCGUGAGGUUAUAAACAACGGAAAAUCUUUCAGAACAGCGGCUGCUGAUUUUAACAUGAAUUAUUCGACUUUACGACGUUUUUGCAAAAGAAAACAGCAGGCGGAUGAAGAAGGUUUAGAUAUACCGCUUCAUGUUGGAUACAAAUGACCCCGUCAGGUUUUGCCUGACGACAUGGAGCAGAGAGUUAGCAUCUUAUUUGAUCAACCAGUCGAAAUUAUACUUUGGCCUAUCAACCCGCGAAGUUCGCAGAUUGUCCUAUGAAUAUGCCGUUCACAAUAAUAUAGAAGUAAGAACAUAUUGGAAAGAUAAUCAUAUGGCGUCAACAGAUUGGCUGUCGGCUUUCCUUAAACGUCAUCCCACAUUAUCUAUAAGGUGUCCUGAAUCAACAAGCCUUAGUCGUGCAGCGAGCUUUAAUAAACACGUUGGUCGCAAAGUUUUUUGACCUUUUGCAGGAAGUUUUGGACCGCUAUACAUUUGAGCCCCAAGAUAUAUAUAAUGUGGAUGAAAUGGGCAUGACGACCGUACAAAAGCCGGACAGGGUAAUUGCGAAACGUGGGACGAAACAAGUAGGCCGAAAGAGGGACUCUGGUCAUAUUUUGCUUUGCAGUUAACGCAAAUGGAAACUCAAUUGCUCCAAUGUUUUUGUUCCCUAGAAAAAACUACAGGGAGUAUUUUGUUAAUGGACCGCCUGGAUGUAUUGGAGCAGCCAAUCCUUCCGGCUGGAUGACAGAAACUGAGUUUGUUAUUUUCUUAAAACAUUUUGGAAAACACACUAGAGCCACAAAGGAAAAACCUGUCUUGCUGCUAUUGGACAAUCAUGAAUCCUAUUUAUCCUUAAACGGUAUUAAUUUUUGUAAAGAAAAUGGGAUAAUAGUGGUUAGUUUGCCCCCGCAUUGUUCCCACAAAUCCCACAAAAAACAGCCACUAGACCGCUAUGUCUACGGGCCUUUAAAAAAAUAUGUCAAUGCUGCCAGUGAUGCCUGAAUGCGAAAUAAUCCAGGCAAAACAAUGACGAUAUAUAACAUUCCUGCGAUUGCAAAAGAAGCAUUACCAUUAGCGUCAACACCGAGCAACAUCCAAGCUGGAUUUAAAGUAUCGGGAAUAUACCCUUUUAAUCGACAUAUCUUUAGUGAGGACGAGUUUCUGCCUUCUGCAGUUAGUGACCGAACACUGGUAAUUGCCCAUGAGGUAGAAGAAAAUGGGGAAGCACAGAUUUACUUGCCCCCACUUCUUGUUACCCUUGAAAAGACUGCUGAGAAGACCCCAAACAACGAUGAGUUAGAAGUUGUACAACCGCAAGUUAUAGAACAACCUGGUCCAUCCACUAGUAUUCAGAAGCAUCGGUUUAGUCCAGAAGACGACGCACGACCCACUCCACAGGCUGCAGAACGCACUGGUACAAGAAAAGGCAGAAAGCGCGGCAAAUCCGCCAUUUGGACCGACACACCAAAUAAGCAAGAGCUUGAACUUAUACAUGAGCAAAAGAUUCAAAAAGAAAAAAAAAAAAAGAUAAAGAGAAACAUAUCGAAAUCAGAGACUACAACAGAAUUCCGCCCUUCUCGAAAAUCGAAGGCACCCUGCAGCUCAGAGGAGGAGGAAGAGGAAACAUUUGGCCUAAUUUGUGGCGAGUCUUUCAAUAAUUCUUGCCCAAAAGAAAAAUGGGUGCAGUACACUCAGUGCCAUUAUUGGGCCCAUGAGGAGUGUACUAACAAAACGCCAUUUUUUGUAUGUGAGAAUUGCGACUCCGAUGAUGACAUGUAGAUUGCAGACUAACUGCAGAACGUAUUUAGUCUUGUCCUUUUGUAUGUUUUUAAGUAUUAUAUUCCUAUUAGUUCCUUUUUUAGUUUUUAAUAUCUAUAGAAAAUAAUAUAGGUUAAUAAAACCUACUGUUGCAAAUAACCCCAGUCCAGUUUCAACUGACCCCGACUUGGGGCAAGUUGGAACAGCGUGCCUAAGUUUAGUUUUUUCGUUAUUUUGUAGCAAAAAAAAAUUAUUUUAAUAAACGAGAGGCGUGUUCUAAUAAAAGAGGGUUUUACAAUUC